AUGGCGGAGCCCAUCUCUGUCGGGGUGAACCUGGACGCUUUCUCUCACGCCAUCAGCGGCAUUCAGGCGCUCCGCUCCAGCGUCAGCCGCGUGUUCGAGUCCCUGAAGGACGGCAUGAAAAACCGCGAGACUUUGGAGGGUCGCGAGAAGAAGUUCAUCUCCGAGUUCCAAGACACCCUGCAGGCCGUCAACAGGGACCUGAAUGAGCUGGAGCGUCUGAGCGGCCUGGUUGGACGUCCCUCAGAGUCUCAUCCUCUCCACAACAGCGGGCUGCUGAGUCUGGACCCGGUCCAGGAUAAAACGCCGCUGUACUCCCAGCUGCUGCAGGCCUACAAGUGGUCCAACAAGCUCCAGUACCACGCUGGCCUGGCCUCAGGUCUGUUGAACCAGCAGUCGCUGAAGCGAUCGGCCAAUCAGAUGGGAGCUUCAGCCAAGAGACGACCCAAGGUCCAGCCGAGCACGCUGGUCCUGCCGCCUCAGUAUGUGGAUGACGUCAUUUCUCGGGUCGGUAGGAUGUUUCCAGACAUGACCAUCGAGCUUUUCAGACCCAACGGGACGUCUGCUGUGCUGCUGGUGACCCUGGGGAAGGUGUUGAAGGCCAUCGUUGUCAUGCGUUCGCUCUUCAUCGACAGAACCGUUGUUCGAGGUUUUAACGAGAACGUUUACAGUGAGGAUGGAAAGUUGGACAUUUGGACCAAAUCUCAGUACCAGGUUUUCCAGAAAGUAACUGACCACGCUACCACAGCCCUGCUGCACUACCAGCUGCCCCAGAUGCCCGAUGUGGUGGUCCGCUCCUUCAUGACUUGGCUCCGCAGCUACAUCAAGCUCUUUCAGUCCUCCUGUCAGCGCUGCGGUCGGUUCCUGCAGGAUGGCCUUCCUCCAACAUGGAGGGACUUUAGGACCCUGGAAGCGUUCCACGAUACGUGUCGUCUGUAAAAAAAAAAAAUUGAUUUUUCUUUUGUAAAUAAAGUUUGGAGUUUUUU